AUGGCAAAAUCGACUUUAUUUGCUGGUUUUGCGCUCAAAGUCGAUUCCAGCCAGCAAAGUGCAUCAAAAUACAAUGUGCUAUGUGACAAAUUGUUGCCAAAAACACCAGAGGAAAAUACAUAUAAACAAAUCGUUCAGAUUUUAGAUGAACAUUUUAAUCCAACGCCAAAUGAAAUUUUGAAAAACUACUGUUUUCAUUUGCGAAAACAAAAAGCAGAAGAAACGUGUGAAAAAUUUCUGUUGGAACUGAGUAAAUUGGCAGUGCAUUGCAAUUUCGGAAUGUUAUUGGAAAGAAAAACAGUAAACUUGGAAGACGCAGUUAAGAUAGCAACGGCAUACGAAGGAGCGGGAAAGGGUGGAAUGGAAUUACAUCGAACCGUACAUCAAAGUUCUGCAGAAAUGGUAAAUAAAAUACAUGGUAUUAAACGAAGAGGUUUAAAAAAGAGUAACCAAAAUUUGCAACCGUCACUUAACGUAAAAAAAGCUAAGAAAAAAUGCUACAGAUGUGGCAGUCCUACACAUUUGGCAAAAGAAUUUGUUAAGGAAGUAGAGAGAAGCAUCGAAGAACUUUUGCAUAUUGAUAUGUCACAUAAUAAUGAAAAACCAUGUGGAGAAAUAGCGAAAAUAGAAAAAGAUAAAAAAGAAGCACGAUACUGA